AUGCACCAGGCACUUAAAAGGCCCCUCUCAGCUCUGGAUGGCAGUUCUUCUGGAGAUGCGACCUCGACAAAGCGACCUACCUUAACAUCGACGCACUCCUCAAAUGGCGUGGCCGACAUCCCUCUGGCAACGGAUGCCGAAGAGGACGAGCCCGCGUACAAAGGCCUCGAAGUGAGUCCCAGCACCAUCGUCAUUGCCCAACUUGCGAGCGCGUGGUGGCUGCGGUGGAUGCCAUAUCUCACUAAAAGUCACCCUUUCCCAACUCACAUUCAGGCAUUUCGCAAAGAAGCGAUAUACAGGAGGCUGCUAGAAGCUCGCCGCGAUUUGGCAAGAGCUGAGCAGCGCGCGGCCAGCCUCACACAAUCGUGGGAGCAUAGUCAGCGCAUUGCUCAAGACUGGCAGCUGCUUUGGACUCUGGUGAGUGCACUGAUUCUGUACCUCUGGAGAGCCAUCCUCCUCGGCUCCGAGCCCACACUCAGCUCUGAUAUGCCGAGCAAUUUGGUGAAUUGGAUGUCCAAGCGCAACGCUGAUGGACGUCUCUCUCUCACGCAGCUCGUGGAGGAUUUGACAAAGUUCCAGCCCAGUGCAGAGGAAUGGGGGUCAGAACGAGAAGGUGAGUCCGAAGCCGCAUGGAGUGUCACAGGGCGCCACUCACCAGAUGAAUGCGUGUUUCUCAGUGCUACUCCCACCGACCGAUCACAAUCAGCUGGCACCGGUGCAAGUGCGGUGCGAUGCGGUUCACAGCGUCCUCAAGCGCAUCGCUGCCCGCGACCCUCGAAACGGCAUUGAGGCUGCUUCGAUAUCGUCACGAGCCGAUGCUUUGGCCGCGGAGGUGCGUCGAAAGGGCAACAACAUUACCUUGAAUGCUUGAUAAAUGCUGACUUGACAGCGCCCUGACCAGAGCGCUCAGCUUAGAGUUCAAUUAUCUAGCGCGCUUUUGGAAGGAAAGAGACUCUCUACCCAGCUUUCCGAGCUUCAGCUGUCUCUUCAGAGAGCUGAGAAGCGGGCAGACAGACUUGCAAGCCUGUCUGUGCGCAGAGUUGAGCGUCCUAAUUGGGAAGAGGAGGAGCGCAGGCGACAAGCCGCUGAGGAUGCGCAAGCCAGGGCUGAAGCUGAUCGCGUGGCCGCGGAGGUGAGAUCGUUGCGGGGCCGGAAUCUGUCAUAUUAUGCAAUGUUGACAUUGCAUCCCAACUCUACUUCGAUAUCUCAGGCUCAGCAUCAUCAAGACAACCAGGUGGUGCCGAACGGCUUGCCUGGCGUCAUCUCUCAACACGAGCUUGACGCCGAGCGCGAAGCUCACUCUGCAGAGGUGUCAGAGGCCCUUGCUGAGGCUAUGAUGAGACUUGACGAAGCUGACAACCUGCGCACGGAGCUGACUUCGACCCGCGAGACUGCAGAAGAGCUGCGAGCGGAAGUGAGUCAAAGUCGUGUGCUUAAGCUGCAGCCUUUUUAACUCACGCUGUCGUCCCUUCACUUUCAGCUGGAACGAGUGCCUGAUGAGCGUGUACUGGCCAGUGUUCUGUACAGGGACCUUCACUCUCACUUCACCACUGCCAGUGAAGAAGCCGAGCGGCUGGGCAAGUCACUGGCUACAGUCGAGGCCGAGAAUCUCACGCUUCGCGAGCAAUUACUAGAUCAAAGCACUUCUUCCAAUGUGAGUCGCGCAUGUAUUGAGCUUUCAUCGAAGCAAUCCUGUUGCUCAAUGUACCGUACCUACAGGACGCCGCGUCCGCGCAGAUUGACGAACUUCAGACCCUGCUCAAAGGCAACGAAGCUGAUGUGGCUAGGCUGCGUGGACAGCGAGACGAUCUGCAAGCCGAACUCACAGAGCGACGACAACGCGAUGGGGUAAAGUCCUCUCAACAUGAAGAGAUGAAGGAGCUGCUGAACGCGCGCGAAGCCCGGAUCCAGACUCUGCGAUCUGAAGUGCGACGCGUGCAUAUGAUCAUCGCCGCUCGUGCUGGCGAUACUGAGGCUUUCCAGAAAGCCAAAGCGCGAGAACCAUCUGAUGAAGAUGAUGUGGCGCUAAUUGAGGAGCUGCAGGGGCGAUUGAAGUGAGUCUGAGCCAUCGCGAGACUGAAUCCCAAGUGACUGACGUCACAUCCAUCAAUGAUCACCCAGGGCUGCAGAGCAAACUUCCGCGGAUCUGAGACGACAACUAGAAGCACGCAGCUCCAGCACCACAGAAGAAGAGAUGCUGGUCCGGGCCUCCGCUUUGCAAGGCGAACUUGACGCGUUGAGAUCGCUGCUAGAUGGGGCCGGCGAUGGUGAUGUGGUGAAGCGCAAGCUCGAAGAGCAGGAGAGAGCUACGACCUCAAUCCGUCUCGAGUUGGACGCAUCAAGCGAAGCCACGAAAGCGCUUUGUGACGAAGUGGACCGACUCAGCGCCGCUUUCGCAGAUACCGAGAAGUUGGCUGCAAAGAACGUCCACGACGUCGCCAAGCUGGAAGACAAGAUGCUGCGUCUCACAACCGAGAAGUCGAAAGCAGACAACAAAUACUUCGCUGCAAUGCGCGCCAAAGAUGCGCUCGACAAUGAGCGCAGAACGGCGCUAAGAACGGCUGAGCGACAGACCAAAGCGUUAGAGCGUUAUGCGGAAGCUGAGAAGGUGCUGAGCGCUCAAUUGGUGGCAGCUGAGAAAGAAGCUGCUGUGCGCAAACGAGCGAUUGAGGACCAGACCACAAAGCUCAUCGAGGCAGACAGAGAAGCACGUCUGCUUCGCGUGAGAGAGCAAGAUGCGCUGAAAGCAAAGCAACAUGCGGAGGCACGUCUUGCAGCUCUGUUUCCACAACAAGCCGAGGAUGCCCGCUCAGCUGCGCGUGAGCUUGAGCAGCGACAGCGAUUAGAGAGGCAAUUGGAGAGAGCUCAACGCGAGAAAGCAGAAGCAUUAGCAGCCGCCGCAGCUGCCGCCGCCGCCGCAACGGGCACGAACAGAGGCCGCAGGUCUUCGACAGCGGACACUGGCAUGCAGGUCGACUACCUCAACGUGAGUAGCUUCUUGAUCCCAUCAAUGUAGCCUGCAUCGCACACUGACGAGUAAGUCCUUCGUCACGCGCAGUCUCUUCUUCGUUGCUCGGCUUGCAACGAUCGCUACAGAAACACAAUCCUUGUCAAAUGCUUGCACACCUUCUGCGAAGAGUGCGUAAAUGCUCGAGUCCAGACAAGACAGCGCAAAUGCCCACACUGUGCGGCUGCUUUCGCAACGAGCGACGUCCAACCAUUGUAUCGUGAGUUGCGGCUCAUGACGAUCUUGUCCGUGUGUCGCUCGCCCCGAGACUGAUGCAAAGCUCUUCCGACUCUUACCCAAGUGCAAUAA